CCGCCCGCUGCAAGCUUGCGCGCUCCACACGGCCUGCAAACCGGCGGCUGCUGUCGCGGCGAACGAGCUGAUUGUGCUGCACCCGCAGUCGUCCGCUACUCGCGGCGGAGGCAUUUUUUUCCUGCUGGCACCAACGUGUGCUUCCCAAAAGCGGCCACAGCGCGCAGAUACUCCAGAGAGUGAUCGGCUGGAUUACACACACCUCCUCCGUCCCGCGGCUGGAACGCUGUCAGCGGUCUUGUGAAACCCACUGUGCUCUUGAGAUUUAUAUCCCGUUUUUUUUUCUUGAUUCAACGUGAUUUCCUGGAUUCGCGGGUGCUUCUGGCCCCGUGUUUGUUGCUCGGUGCUGGUGCUUUUUUUUAUUGUGACUUGAGGAGGCUGGAAAGCCCGCAUCAGUCGUCAAGCGCCGGCGUGCCCUAAGGAGAGGAUUGUGUGCGCGGCUCCCCGGAAAAGGGAGCUGCGAGUCUGGUAUCCGUCGGCCGUAGGCGACCGCACGCAGGUCGUCAGAGCACUGUCAGCCGAGCUCCGCCAAGACGGACCACACUUCGGCACGGAGUAGCCACACGGUUCGCGGGUCAAAAUGGCGGCGGCAUCGAGGACACCACUCAGUGGAGGCUGGUCGAGGUUUCGUCGCCACUCGGUCCGGACGGUGCAGUGACGUCAUCCAGGACACCAUGAGCCUAGUACUGCGGACUUCCGAAGAGCCCCAGCGACCGCCCAGACAUGCGUCUCUCGGGCUGUUCAGAGUACUCUGCGUCACAGUGUUGUUCCUGGCUGCCGCCUCGGCGCACAUCACGAUACGGGAAAAGGACCUGGAUGGCAAGAUGCUACGAUUCACGUACGGAGACACGGGCUACUAUACAGAGCUCCUCUUCGACAUUCACAGAUACCAGCUGAUUGUCGGAGCAAGGGACCACUUGUUCCGUCUGUCACUGGAGGAUCUCAAGAAGCUCGAGGACGUCGCUGUGCCAGCAUCAAAUGCAGCUGUGCGGAGUUGCCGCCAGAAAGGUCAAGCAGAGGAGAGCUGUCGAAACUACAUCAAGGUGCUGCUGUCGCAUAACGAGCGACUGUUCAGCUGUGGCACCAACGCCUUCGCUCCAGAAUGCACUUGGAGAGACAUCAACUCUCUAGUCACCGUGAGGGAGAAAGUUGACGGCAUGGGGAAGGCGCCAUACAGCCCGCACUCAAACAGCACCAUGCUGAUGACAGUGCAAGGCGACUACUAUGUUGCGUCACCUCUGGACUUCUCGGCGAGAGACUACGCUUUGUACCGCAUCAUGGGCCGGGAGCGGCCUCUGCGCACGCCCAUCUAUGACCACAAGUGGCUGAGCGAGCCAAACUUUGUUGGUUCCUUCGAAAUUGGAGAGUUCGUAUACAUCUUCUACAGGGAGUCUGCGGUGGAAUUCAUGAAUUGUGGCAAAGCUGUGUAUUCAAGAGUGGCCCGGGUGUGCAAAGACCAAGGUGGCCAGGUGAUCCUCAAGGAGAACUGGACAACGUUCCUCAAGGCUCGGCUGAACUGUUCACUGCCAGGCCUUUACCCUUUCUACUAUAAUGAGAUUCAGAGCGUCCACUACCUCGAGAAGGAACAGCUCUUCUAUGCAGCAUUCACCACUGGAGAGAACAGCAUCUACGGCUCCGCAAUAUGCGUUUUCAACAUGUCGGCCAUUAAGCACGCAUUCGAGGGACCCCUGAAGUACCAGUCAACGCAAAAGUCUGCCUGGGAACGGUCCACACCCUCCAGCCAACAGUUCCAGUGCAAAGCAGUUGAGGACAACGAGAGAGUCAUUGAGGCGCAGAAGUACCAGCUGACAGAUGAGGCAGUACAACCAGCAAGCCGAAGGCCCCUGUACACUGGAGAGCUGGAAAGGCUGACUCACUUGACGGUUGACGUUGUCCCCACAAAGUACAGCUUCGACGGAGUCCACGUCAUCUUCGCGGCUACGCUGGAAGGGGCAAUCAAGAAGCUGGUGGUUAUCCCGGGACUUCUGGAAACCUGUUUCGUCGAAGAAAUCCAGCCUUUCGCGCCCAGACAAAGGCACAUAUUCACAAUGAAGCUUUUGAAGGACACAAGCUCUCUGUACUUGGGAACAGAAAAGGAGGUGCUCCGAAUAUUUGUUCACCGGUGCGAACAGUACAGAAGUGAAGAGUCUUGUCUGGGUUCUAUGGACCCGUACUGCGGAUGGAACAAACACCAGCUGGCAUGCACGACAGCGCCACACCUCAACCCCCUCAGCCUCGACUGGAAACAAAACCAUGCAGGCUGCCCCAAUAGCAAUGUGCCUGUUGAUGGCGGCUGGAGUAGUUGGAGUCAGUGGGCAGAGUGUGACCAAGUUGGCAAAGACUCGCCCGGUGACCACUGUCUCUGCCGAUCCCGGCUGUGCAACAGUCCCGCUCCUACCAACGGUGGCAAGCCAUGCGAAGGCUCAUCACUAGAAGUCACCAACUGCACACAACAUGGACAGUGGACAGAGUGGUCUGGCUGGUCGGCAUGCUCCCGAACAUGCGGUCUGGCUGUGAAGUUCCGUCGUAGGACCUGUGGGAACCCAAGCCCCAAGUUUGGCGGACGCGUGUGCCUUGGGCCAGAGCAAGAGCAGAUCUACUGCACCUCCAAUCCACCCUGCCCAGCUCCCGCCACACCUGCCACCCGUGAGAGUGCCUGGUCAGAGUGGGGUGUUUGGAGCGAAUGCACAGCACAGUGUGGCAGUGGCUUCCAGUGGCGGCGACGACGCUGUGACUCUCCUCGUGGUCGUGAAGGCUGCGGCGGUGGCUGUGACACAGACUAUCGCGCCUGCAACACACAUGCCUGCCCUGAGACGCGCAAGAGCUCUAACUGGACAGCGUGGGUUCGUGUCAACGCAACACGGGACGGAUACUUCGAGCAGCGCUUCAGAUUCACCUGCCGUGCUAACGUUGCCGACAGCUCCAUGCUCCGGGUCGGAAACGUUAAGAAGGAGGAGCGUUACUGUCACGAGUCGGCAAAAAGUUGCAUGGACUCUGCAUACCUGAACAUUGAUGGUGACUGGUCAGAGUGGGGCGAGUGGUCCCAGUGCUCAGUGCCUUGUGGAGGUGGUGUCCAGUACAGGGAAAGGACUUGCGACAACCCACGGCCAUCUGGGACGGGCGCCGAUUGUCAGGGCCCUUCCAAGGAGGAGCGAGACUGUAAUGUCCACCAGUGCCAGAAGCCUGAGGAGGAAGAAUGGACUGAAUGGUCUGUGUGGUCACUGUGCGACCACAACAAUGAGCAGCAUCGUCGACGGACAUGCAUGAUUCUCGACCCCAACCCAACUCAGUGCCGUGGGUCGACUCGUGAAAGCCGCAUGUGCAUCGCUGGCCAAGAGACGGUUUCGGUACUACCAAGUCUGGAGGACCAACGUGACAGUGGAGGCAGUGGAAUCCGAACAGAGCACCUUGUGGGAGCCUGCAUUACCUGCCUCGUUCUGGGUGCGCUGGUGGGUGCACUGGCUAUGUACCGCUACACCAAACGACACCACAGCCGUGACCCCCUGGCACCCAAACACCUGGGGACACCACUGGUACAGGCAGAAGGCAACACCUAUGUGCCUCACUCCCAAUACAAGAACAACUUCUCCACCCUCACAACAUCACCCGGAGGAAAGUUCCAAAAAGAGGCUACCAUCAAGCGGAACGGCUUCAGGGCACAGAUACACUCGGACCAUAAUUUCUGAGGCUGUCCUGAAAGACAAGCGGCCGGAGAACAUCUGCUAAACUUGCAAGGACAUCAUGCCAUGGGCAGACCCGCAGUGGACAGGAUUGCAGCUUGUUGACUGCAAUCUGAAGCCAAACUGUUGGGGCUUGCAUUUCGUAUAAGGGUUGAAGAUGCGCAAACUCGGUGAUGUUUUCCAGCAAUGAACAUAUCUUCUGUCAGUCCCACAGACUUUUAAGCAGAAGGAUGCAAUGUAACAGUGUUAAAGUUGUGAUCUACGCCAAGUGCCUCAUCACAUCUUAUGCUGAGCAAACUGUGCCCGGAAGGGGACCAGCCACAGCUGUGUUUAGUGCAUACGUGCCUUAAAGGGGUGCGAUUCUAAAUCCCUCUACAUAAAGCUUGCCUAAGUCCUUUCUGUGGGCUUGUUGUGUGUACAAACCGCCAAAGUUCCAAGGCAAGACUGCAGUGGCAAGACUGCAUUGGUACAUCUACAAUAAAGUGCCUUUAAACAGCAUUUUCCCUGCCAUGAUAAUUACUGCCAUGCAGAGGAGUCCAGUAGCUUUUGGAAAAGGAUGGACUAGCAGAACUUUCAGCUACAGACAACUUGAAUGGCAUCCUGCCACCAUCAGUGUUCAUGGACAAUGCACGCCCAGCCUUAGAAGAGCAAAGUAAUUACCCAUAGAAUGAUGGCCAGCACCCACCACAUUAAAAGGGCGCAGGUGCAGUCAAGCAUCAUCUAAGCACUCGGUGUGCCCCUAGCUACUGAACAGUUCCUGAGAAGCAGACAGCUGUGAAUUGAAAAGUGCCAUGGCUUAAUCCUGACAGCGUGUUGCAAAGCAUCGCUCACGAUUGAGUGAGAAAGACUCGCAGAAACAUGGUCCUAUUUUCUUCGGCAAGUGAAUUGCAGUGCGCAUUUCUGUAGCAAACGCAGUGGAUCACAAUACACAUCCGAAGCAUCAAGAACAAUUGCUCCUUGGAGUCAAGGUGCAGUCAAUCUGUGCUGUGUGAACCAAGACUACAGGGGUACAGACUUUCCCCACAAAGCAAGAAACUACAUGACUGUGCCUUGACAGCAUGGGGCAUAAAGUAGGUGUGCACAUAACCAUGUCAAGCCCGUAAGCGUCGUCUAUUAGUGCCGUUAAUGCUCCUAGUGUUGAGUGUGUGACAAAGACAUGGCGAUGACACUGCUUUGCAGGCUUGUGCAAAUGCUGCAUAUUCAGCAGGACCUCAGAACUUACCGCAUAUGCCUGACAUCAUCGUCUUCAGUUCACAUCCGCAUUUCUGCUUGUGCUUACAAGACACAUGCGCACCAACUUGUGCAAAAGUGGUCAACAGCGAAAGACUGUGCUCGUGACUGCUCUGUAGUGUGUCCUUAGAACUGCAGUGGACAGUGCAUAGAUGAUCAUGUGUCUUUUCAUAAACAGAUUCUGUUUCGUCUCUAGGAUGGGAAAAAAAUAUAUAAAAGCAAGACUAAAUACCCUAACAUGUCAAUAAUACAGACUAAGUCAGCCAUUUGAUGUGAAGUUUUAUACAAUCGUCGAUGACAGUGUAUGUGUGCUUGAUAUUCAGCUUUAACAUUUACAGUGAUUGUAUAUGCCUUAAAAAAGCUCUAUGUCCCAAUUUUGAACCUUACUUUGUGAGCUGUGCUCAAUAGAAGGUUCAUUACGAAUGCAAGCUACCAGACAAAAUACCCUUCUACACAGACUUUCUUUUUAAUCGGGGAGCCAAAAAAACAUUGUACAAAUACUACAAGAUUCCAUUAAAAAUUUCGUCAGCGUGGAAAUUAAACUUGUUUUAAAAGCACAGUGCCUAGCUGUUUACCGAGGCGCCCGAUAAUCCUAUUGUUUACGCUGAAACUGAGACCAAAUCCAACCAACCAAUCUUUCCUUUGCUUGGGACCAAGACUGCAUUUGCAUUUGUAAAUAUCCUGUGCCUGUAGAUAUGCUUAACUGUAAAUCUCCCCUAAGAUGUACAGAGAGUUGGUUAUGUGGAAAAAGAUGGAACAUUAGUAGAAGAGACACACACACGACAGGUUAUUUGAGCUCUUGCUUGUGACAGAUGUGCCAAAACAUUUUUUUAAUGGCUACUACAUUUCAUUGUUCUACAGUAGACGGACAACUAUGUGUACGACUACAGGGUGCAUUCUGGCAUGCUAUUUAUGUUGCGGUAAGCAAAGAUUUGAUCACUUUGUUCGCAAGUGCAUUGGCUAGAACAUAAAAAAGCAUUCCCGCACAAGGAUUUGAUGCCCCCGAAAGCCACUCUUUGCCAUGUACAGCGCACACGGAAUGAAAUGCAUCAACUUAGGGCUAAGCACAGUCCAUACCUUCAUUUCCAUUGUGUUCAGUUCUUGUUACACCAGCGCUAUUGGUUUGUACACUCGCAUCAGAGCCAAAAUCUCCAUAAGUGUCCAAAGUUGUAGCAAUGUGGCAUGACUAUCUUGAGCAAUAGCUCAUGCCAGUCGUUAUACUUAAAAGUUUUAAUGCUGCAUUUUAUUUCAUGAACAAAGUACAUGCAUUGUGGCACACUAAUUAUGCAACUUGUGGGCAAUAUUGUGGAAAGAAUAGAGCAGAAAUAAAUUUAUGAAAGACAUUAGUCAUUAUUACAUUUGUUUCUGUAAAUCUUUUGCUGCAUGAGCUUGCCAGAAUAAGAAAGGUGAAUACCAUUUCCUGCAUGCAUUUGUCUUGGCAUCACAUGUAACCGAGAUAUAAGUGUCUCAUACUGUCUGUCAGCUUUAUGCUUCUGAAGAUGCUUUAUUUUUUUUUAUGGAUGUGUCGUACUAAAGACAUCAGAACAAUGUAAUAA